UCCAUAUUCCCAACCCUCACACACACACACAAUCUCUCUCAAAUCCUCCCCCACCUUCCUUGUGGUCUCUUCCUUUCCCUGUCACUGUGUCCUUGGCCUGGUGACUCUUCCACCCUGUAUACUGCAGCAGAUGUCCUGCAAUGGCAUGGCCUCUUCCUUCUUCCCCUCGGGCUUCAUGUUCCAGCUUCAAGCUCCCUGUGAAGAUGACCACCAACUGGUCAGCCCUGUCCGCUCCCUCAUCCCCACCAACCUCCACCACCUCAGAGGUGUAGCUCCGGCGACGGGGAAGAGAUCGGCGUCGUUCUCAGGGGCCGAGACCUGCGAAGAAGCGAACGGCGAUGACGAAUUGUCCGACGACGCUUCGCUGGCCGGAGAGAAGAAGAGGAGACUCAACGUGGAGCAGGUGAGGACGCUGGAGAAGAGCUUCGAGCUAGGGAACAAGCUGGAGCCAGAGAGGAAAAUGCAGCUGGCCGUGGCGCUCGGGCUGCGGCCGAGGCAGGUGGCCAUCUGGUUCCAGAACAGGAGAGCGAGGUGGAAGACGAAGCAACUGGAGAAGGAUUACGAUGUGCUCAGGAGGCAGUUUGACGCCAUUAAAGCCGAGAAUGAAGCUCUGCAAGCCCACAACAAGAAACUCCAGACUGAGUUGCAUGUGCAGGCCUUGGCUCUCAGAGGUAGAGAAGCAUCAGAUCUCAUCAAUCUCAACAAAGAGACCGAGGGUUCUUGCAGCAACAGAAGCGAGAACAGCUCAGAGAUCAACUUGGACAUCUCAAGAACAUCGGUCGCCGAAAGGUCCUGUCCCCCUCUCCAAAUCUUGCCUUACUUCCAAUCAGUUAGGCCAGCUGACCCAGACUGCCCGAAGGUCGAGAAUGACGCCCCAGAAGGCAGCUUCAGCAACUUGCUGUGCAGCAUUGGAGAUCAAUCUGCCUUCUGGCCAUGGCCUGAUCACCACAACUUUCAUUAGCCACAACAUCUGUUGGGCGAACUGUGGAAAUCACUGCUGCAUUUUCGUCUCUGGUUGAAUUGUAUUGCAAUCUUAUGUUUGGAGUUCAAGUCCCUGAUGUAGAAAGAAGAACACUUGAAGGAAUCAAUAAGGAAACAAGAGUUCUUUGAUGCUUGUGCAACCUUUAAA